AUGGAGUUUCUGAGUGAGAAGUUUGCCCUCAAGAGCCCGCCAAGUAAAAACAGUGACUUUUACAUGGGCACAGGAGGCGCGUUGGAGCACGUUAUGGAGACGCUGGACAAUGAGUCCUUUUACGGCAAAGCGACGCCAGGCAAAUGCGUGCAGGCCUUCGGGCCGCUGCCGAGAGCUGAGCAUCACGUGCGACUGGACAGGACCUCGCCCUGUCAGGACAGCAGCGUGAACUAUAGCAUCACCAAAGUGGAAGGACAGCCUCUUCACACUGAGCUGAACCGAGCAAUGGACAGCUGCAACAAUCUCAGGAUGUCUCCUGUGAAAGGGAUGCCAGAGAAGGGGGAACUGGAUGAACUUGGGGACAAAUGUGACAGCAAUGUAUCCAGCAGCAAAAAAAGGAGACACAGAACUACCUUCACCAGCUUGCAGCUGGAGGAAUUAGAAAAGGUCUUCCAAAAAACCCAUUACCCGGACGUAUAUGUCAGAGAACAGCUGGCACUGAGAACAGAGCUCACCGAGGCCAGGGUCCAGGUUUGGUUUCAAAAUCGACGGGCCAAGUGGAGAAAAAGAGAACGAUACGGCCAAAUACAGCAAGCUAAAAGCCACUUUGCUGCCACCUACGACAUAUCAGUUUUACCUAGGACUGACAGCUACCCACAGAUUCAGAACAAUUUGUGGGCAGGGAAUGCAAGUGGUGGCUCUGUGGUUACGUCAUGCAUGUUACCACGUGAUGCGUCCUCCUGCAUGACACCUUAUUCUCACUCGCCUCGGACAGAUUCCAGUUACACAGGCUUUUCAAACCACCAGAAUCAGUUCAGCCAUGUGCCCCUCAACAACUUUUUCACUGACUCUCUUCUCACUGGGGCUACCAAUGGACACGCGUUUGAAACGAAGCCAGAGUUUGAAAGGAGGUCUUCCAGUAUCGCCGUCCUGAGAAUGAAAGCCAAGGAGCACACCGCUAAUAUUUCAUGGGCCAUGUAA